AAUAAAUGUUUAAUACCUUGCUGUUAACGCAGUUUGAGACACAUGAAGUUGGCUGCGUAGACAAGCCAGUGUUAGUCAGAGUUGUUGCACACAAAACAAAACAAUUGGUGGCAACCCAAUUUGCUGGCGCAAAUAAAAAUAUUGUGGCGUAUCUGUUUAUUUUUGUGUGUGUUUAUGUUAUAAUAAAAUGCACAUUAAGCAGAUUAUUAUACAAGGCUUUAAAAGUUACAAGGACCAGACGGUGGUGGAGCCAUUCGAUAAGCGUCACAACGUCGUCGUUGGACGCAAUGGUUCAGGCAAAAGUAAUUUCUUCUAUGCUAUACAAUUUGUGCUAAGCGAUGAGUUUACGCAUCUGCGUCCAGAGCAGCGUCAAGCGCUGCUCCACGAGGGAACUGGAGCUCGCGUCAUUUCGGCGUAUGUUGAGAUCAUCUUUGACAAUUCGGACAAUCGUGUGCCAAUUGACAAGGAAGAGAUUUACUUACGACGCGUUAUUGGCGCCAAGAAGGAUCAGUAUUUUCUAAACAAGAAGGUUGUGCCACGCAAUGAGGUGGUCAAUCUGCUUGAAUCGGCCGGCUUUUCCAGCUCCAAUCCCUACUACAUUGUCAAGCAGGGCAAAAUCAAUCAAAUGGCCACAGCAGCCGAUUCAUAUCGCCUCAAAUUGUUGCGCGAGGUCGCCGGAACGCGUGUCUAUGAUGAACGCAAAGAGGAAUCGUUGAAUUUGCUGCGCGAAACCGACGGAAAGCUGGAGAAGAUUAGUGAGUAUUUGAAAACAAUCGAGGAUCGACUGCAAACGCUCGAGGAGGAAAAGGAAGAGCUUAAGGAGUAUCAAAAAUGGGAUAAAACACGACGUACCCUUGAAUACAUACGCUACGAGACGGAACUAAAGGAUACGCGACGAGCACUCGAGGAGUUGCUGCUGCAACGCAAAUCGUCGUCGGACAAGAAGAAGAACUACAACAUUGAGAUACAGAAAGCACAGGAGAAGAUCAAGGAGGUGCAAAAGAACCUGAAAGAGGCCAAGAAAAAGGUGCAGAGCACCAAGGAGGAGCGCUCAGUGCUGAUGACCGAGCAGCAACAGUUGUUGCGCGAAAAGACCAAACUGGAUUUAACCAUUGUCGAUCUGAACGAUGAGGUGCAAGGCGACAACAAGUCCAAGGAACGCGCCGAUCAGGAGCUUAAGAAUCUCAAGGUUACAAUUGCGGAGCGCGAAAACGAGCUGGACGAUGUAAAGCCCAAAUACGAGUCGAUGAAGCGCAAGGAGGAGGAUUGCUCACGUGAACUGCAGCUGAAGGAGCAGAAGCGCAAAGAGCUCUAUGCAAAACAAGGACGCGGCUCGCAGUUCUCGUCACGCGAAGAUCGCGACAAAUGGAUACACAAUGAGCUGAAAUCGAUUAGCAAGCAGACAAAGGACAAGAUCAAUCACCAUGCCAAACUCGUUGAGGAUUUGAAGAAAGAUGCCACAAGCGAAAAGGAUUUGGGCACCAAAAUCGAAGAGCAUUCCUCCGAAUUGGAACAGUUGCGUCUGCAAAUCGAUGAGCACAACAAAAAGUACUAUGAACUGAAGAAGACCAAGGAUCAGCAUCAAUCCAUGCGCAAUGAAUUGUGGCGCAAAGAGACACAAAUGACACAGCAGCUGCAAACCCAAAAGGAGGAGCUCUCCCGGGCGGAUCAAGCGUUGCGGAGCAUGGCAGGCAAACCGAUCUUAAACGGCUGCGAUUCGGUGCGCAAAGUGCUCGAUAGUUUUGUGGAACGUGGCGGUCAAUCGGCGGCCAUAGCGAGAGCGUAUUAUGGCCCGGUGAUUGAGAACUUUAGCUGCGACAAAACCAUCUACACAGCGGUCGAGGUGACGGCAGCGAAUCGUCUAUUCCAUCACAUUGUAGAAUCGGAGUAUGAAGGCACACAAAUUCUGAAGGAGAUGAACAAACUGAAGCUGCCGGGUGAGGUGACAUUCAUGCCCCUGAAUCGUCUGCAGGUGAAGAUACACGAUUAUCCCGACGAUCCCGAUUCGAUACCCAUGAUAUCGAAGCUCAAGUACGACGAACAGCAUGACAAGGCGUUGCGCUACAUCUUUGGCAAGACGCUCAUCUGUCGUAAUCUCGAGCGUGCCACCGAGCUGGCCAAGAGCACUGGACUCGAUUGUGUGACGCUGGAAGGCGAUCAGGUGUCGUCGAAGGGUUCGCUCACCGGUGGCUACUUCAAUACGUCUCGCUCGCGCCUGGAGAUGCAAAAGAAACGCACCGAGUACACGCAGCAGAUCAGUGAAUUCGAGAAGAAACUGAGCAAACUGCGCAAUGAGCUCAAAUCCACCGAGAACAACAUCAAUUCCAUUGUGUCGGAGAUGCAAAAAACCGAAACGAAACAGGGCAAAUCGAAAGAUGUCUUUGAGAAGGUGCAGGGCGAAAUACGUCUGAUGAAGGAGGAGCUGGUGCGCAUCGAAAAGUAUCGGGCGCCCAAGGAGCGUUCUCUGGCCCAGUGCAAGGCAUCGCUGGAGGCGAUGACCAGCACCAAAUCGAGCCUUGAGGCAGAGCUCAAGCAGGAGCUGAUGUCAACGCUGUCGGUGCAGGAUCAACGUGAAAUCGAUCAACUCAACGAUGAUAUACGACGGCUGAAUCAGGAGAACAAGGAGGCGUUCACACAGCGCAUGCAGCUGGAGGUGCGCAAGAACAAGCUGGACAAUCUGCUGAUUAACAAUCUGUUUCGGCGACGCGACGAGCUCAUUCAGGCACUGCAAGAGAUUAGCGUAGAGGAUCGCAAGCGUAAGCUCAACAAUUGCAAAACCGAACUGGUGUCCACCGAGAAACGCAUUAAGAAGGUGAAUGCAGAUCUCGAGGAGAUUGAGAAGCGUGUCAACGAGGCGGUGCAGCUACAGAAGGAACUGCAAGCAGAGUUGGAGACUCAUGUGCGCAAGGAGAAGGAGGCCGAGGAGAACAUUAACAAGGACAGCAAACAGUUGGAGAAAUGGACGACCAAAGAGAAUAUGCUCAAUCAAAAGAUCGACGAGUGCACCGAGAAGAUUGCCAGCUUGGGUGCGUUGCCCCAGGUGGAUGCCGCGUACAGUCGCAUCUCGCUGAAGAACAUCUUCAAGGAACUGGAGAAGGCUAAUCAGCAUCUGAAGAAGUACAAUCAUGUGAACAAAAAGGCGCUCGAUCAAUUCCUUAGCUUCUCCGAGCAAAAGGAGAAACUUUAUCGUCGCAAAGAGGAGCUCGAUAUUGGCGAUCAAAAGAUCCAUAUGCUCAUCCAAUCUCUCGAAAUGCAAAAGGUCGAAGCCAUACAAUUUACGUUCCGUCAGGUGGCGCAGAAUUUCACCAAGGUCUUUAAGAAACUGGUGCCCCAAGGCGCAGGCUAUUUGAUACUUAAGACCAAGGAUAACGAGGGCGAAGAAAUGGAAAAGGAGGUGGCCAAUUCAGAUGCCUUCACGGGCAUCGGCAUACGCGUCUCAUUCACGGGAGUCGAUGCGGAGAUGCGUGAAAUGAAUCAACUGUCGGGUGGUCAAAAGUCACUGGUUGCCCUCGCCCUCAUCUUCUCCAUUCAGAAAUGCGAUCCAGCGCCAUUCUAUUUGUUCGAUGAAAUCGAUCAGGCGCUCGAUGCGAUGCAUCGUAAGGCGGUGGCUGAUAUGAUCCAUGAGCUGAGCGACACAGCACAGUUUAUUACGACCACAUUCAGGCCAGAGCUGCUGGAGAAUGCACACAAAUUUUAUGGCGUGCGCUUUAGGAAUAAGGUCAGCCACAUUGAUUGUGUGACCCGCGAGCAGGCCAAGGACUUUGUCGAGGACGACAACACACACGCCUAGAUCGCACGCACACACACAUAUACAUACACACGCAUUAUAUAUAUAUAUCUCCCUUGUGCUUGUCCUCUUCCUCGUCCUCCCUCACAUUCAAGCAUUUCUUAAUGAAUAGAAGUUAAUUGUUUAUUUUAUUUGUUUUUUUUUUUUUUAUUUUGCCUUUAUUUUUCCUUAAACACAACACAAAUGAACAUUUAUUUAAUACAAGAAGAACAACAACAACAAAUUAAACCCUUAAUUAAGUCGAUAAGUCCUGUAUUGUAAUUGUCCAGCUGCUGUUGCGAAGGCAGCUUCAAUGUUUGUCUAAUGUCAACGAAGCGAAGCCAAAGCGCAGCUGCUUCCAAUGUACCAUUCAAUAAAUGACACAGAGAAAUCUAAAAUACGCUUCGG